AUGAAAUUAGGUAAAACUUAUGGCCCAACAAACCGGGAAAAGGUUACUAAGUACGAUCAGGCAGACAUCUCGAUCAAGACCAGGGGCUCUCGGGGAGUCCAGCCUUAUGGAGAGAGGCAACCUCGUGUCGAGGGUGGUGAGAUUGGUGAUCAAGCAUGGCACCCGGUGGCCCAACCAUAUGCUGUCGAAACACCGGUUGAGGAAGUUGUAUUUGAUGUUAAAUGGUAUUGUGACUCCAUCAUCAAGCUCAGCUCAUGUAACCCACUCAGCCGGACAACCGAAAUAGAGGCUCCACGGGGAGUUUGA